UCCUGCGCGCGGAGCCAUGUCGCGCCGGGUGGCCGUGGCGCUGCUGCUGCUCGGCCUGCUGGGCUGGGCGCGGCCGGACCAGGGUGACGACCUGAGCUUGUGGGACGCCCUCGACGACAGCGACAAGAAGCCCACGGCCGCGCCCAAGAAGCCCAGCGCAGGGGACGACUUCAACCUGGAAGAUGCCCUCGGCGGUGGUGGGGAGAGAAAUGACCCCCGACCGACCUACAGACCCAGGCCGAAACCCAACCCCCACCCCAACCCCAACCCCAACCCCAAGCAGCCGGGAUCGUCGGGUGGGUUCUCAGACUCCGACCUCUUCGACGGGACGGCAGAUGGAGGAGGCGGUGGCCGCGGUGGACACGGUGGCCGUGCUGGCCCUGAUGAACAUGACAACACCCAGAAUGGCGGGGCGCCUCAGGCGGACUCCCCAGGGGUUCUCUCGGGCAUCAUCGGGAGCGUCGUGGUCGCCGUGGUGGGCGCCGUGUCCAGCUUCAUCGCCUACCAGAAGAAGAAGCUGUGCUUCAAGGAAAGCGCCGACCCAAGCGAGAUGAGCAUGGAGAACCACAGCAGCAAGGCCGAGCCGCCCGUCCGGCAGACGCUUCUGGAGAACUAGGAGACAGACAGCGGAGAGCGGCCCCCGGUCCACAGUGGGGCACCCGGACAACCCCGUGCACCCCUAGAAGAUGUCCGCGGAGUUCAGGGGGCCACCCUGCUCCCAGACUGGAUUCUUCCAACCUGUGGGCUCUGCCUGUUGGCCUGUGGGCACCUGACACCUGCUGGCAACACGUUUGCGUCCAGAGGGGAACCUGAGCCUCCCUGAGACGCCCCGAGGGUCUCCGUGUGAUGGGAGAAGCCGGCCUCUCCGAGCCCCCCUCGGGCAGCGGGCCAUGGACGGUCCCCACUGGGCUCUCUGGGUGCUCAUGAACACGCCGGGACGCCCCUGGUCGUGCCUUCUGCGCGGGGAGCUCAGCCUCCGGCAGCCACUUCCCUCCAGGCGUCCCUGGAGGGGUAUGUUCUCCGCGGGACUAAUAAAGGGACUUGGA